AUGGUUAACUAUUUUGGCAAGUUCAGACCAGAUUUCAGUGAAUUAACAGACCCUUUGAGAGAGCUAACAUGCAAGAAUGUUGUAAAGUCAUGGCUACAACAGCACCAGAGAGCAUUUGAUGGAGUAGAACCAUUCAAUGCCAAUAUCAUAUGGUACGACAGUUCCCCUCAGAUUCCCAAAUCACAGUGCAGUGAAAGCUGUUCUCCUGGGUAUAGAAAAGCAAUUCGGUCAGGACAGCCAUUCUGCUGUUUUGACUGCAUCCUGUGCUCAGAAGGAGAAAUUGCAAAUCACACUGAUUCAGAAGAGUGCUUGAAAUGCCCUUAUGAGUACUGGCCCAAUAAUAUGCAGGACAGCUGUAUACCAAAAGUUAUUGAAUAUUUAGCUUUGGAAGACCCUUUGGGCACAAUACUGGCUACAGUAGCCAUUUUAUAUGCAGUACUUACUGGAGUAAUUCUUCUUGUCUUUGUAAAGAACCACAACACACCUGUUGUUAGAGCUAAUAACCGUGUACUCAGUUAUCUUUUACUUAUAUCACUUGUUCUUUGUUUCCUGUGCUGCUUAAUAUUUAUUGGGCAUCCUGUUAAACUAACAUGUGUUCUUCGCCAGACAGCUUUUGGAUUAAUAUUUGCUGUUUGUGUGUCCUGUGUGCUAGCAAAAACAGUGAUGGUCACUAUAGCAUUCAGUGCCACAAAUCCAAGUAGCAGCCUAAGGAAGUGGGUUGGGCCAACACUCCCGAAUACCAUUGUUACAGUGUGUACACUUGCUCAAGGAGUUUUAUGUACUACUUGGAUAAUAAGUUCUCCUCCAUUUCCAGAAGUGAACAUGAAGUCACAGAUUGGAAAAAUCAUCCUAGAGUGUAAUGAAGGAUCUGUCACUGCUUUCUGGUGCAUGCUGGGAUAUAUGGGUCUACUAGCAGUUGUGAGUUUCAUAAUGGCAUUUGUAUCAAGAAAACUACCAGAAAGUUUUAAUGAAGCCAAAUAUAUCACUUUUAGUUUGAUUGUGUUUGUUAGUGUAUGGCUGUGUUUUAUUCCUGCAUAUAUUGGCACAAAAGGGAAAUAUAUGGUUGCAGUGGAGAUUUUUGCCAUUCUAUCCUCUAGUGCUGGUUUGUUGCUGUGCAUUUUUAUCCCUAAAUGCUAUAUUAUUCUGCUGAGGCCUGAAAUAAAUACAAAAGACUUUUUGUUAGGAAAAGGAGUGUAUGAUAGUAAAAAGGUUAAAUGA